UAUCCGAACCGAAUUCCCUCCUUUGUUUCCCUCGUUUUCUGCUCUCUUUUUCUCUCCCGCUUUUUCAUUUUCCUUCUUCCCAAACACCCCCAACCCAGAUCCCACCUCUCUCCCUGCCCCCUCUUCCCCCACUUCUCAUUUUACCUCCUAUUCCUCCGUCCAUUUCCCCCUCAAUUUCCUCGCAACUUAAUUACUUUGUAUCUCUCUCCUCUUUCUUUCCCUCUCUAAACCCCCCAAACCCCGAAGCCCACUCGUCUCGAUCUCUGUCUUUGGCUCCAUGUCUGGCUCGCGAACUCCCACCCCGUUGCGGCCUUCGCCGCCCGAGCAGAUCAUUCAGCAACAGCAGCCGCUUAGGCGGCAGCUCCCUUUCUCGUCCUUCAAACCGCCGUUCGGUAUUCCAGCAGACUAUCACCGCUUCGCUGAUCCUCCCCGUGGAGCCACUGAUCACGAGGCAGAGGCCAUCGUUGUAAAGUCUCCCCAAUUAAAGCGGAAGAGUGACACAACAGAUUAUGAAGCUGAUUCUGUUGAUAGAAUGGCUGGUCCUGGGUUCACUGAAGUAGUUAACAGUCCCCUUCAGACACCUGUGUCAGUAAAAGGGGGAAAGGCAAACAAAACAUCACGGCUUUCGAAGUGUAGUAAAUCUGGACCUCAUACUCCAGUCUCAAAUGUUGGUUCUCCUUCCGGCAAUAACCUUACUUCAGCUGGUCCUUGUCGAUAUGACAGCUCCCUGGGUCUCUUGACAAAGAAGUUUAUCAAUCUAAUCAAACAUGCUGAAGAUGGUAUUCUUGAUCUAAAUAAAGCUGCUGAAACUUUGGAGGUGCAAAAGAGGAGGAUAUAUGAUAUAACAAAUGUGCUUGAAGGAAUUGGUCUCAUAGAAAAGAAGCUCAAAAACAGAAUUCAGUGGAAAGGACUUGAUGUCUCAAGGCCAGGGGACGUUGAUGAGAACUAUUCCAGUUUACAGGCAGAAGUUGAAAACCUUUCCCUUCAAGAGCGCAAAUUAGAUGAACAAAUAAGAGAAAUGCAAGACCGAUUGAGGGACCUCAGUGAAGAUGAGAACAACCAAAAGUGGCUUUUUGUCACUGAGGAAGAUAUCAAGGGCUUACCCUGUUUCCAGAAUGAAACAUUGAUAGCAAUUAAAGCUCCUCAUGGUACAACUCUGGAAGUUCCUGAUCCUGAUGAGGCUGUUGACUAUCCCCAGAGGAGGUACAGGAUAGUCCUAAGAAGCACAAUGGGUCCCAUAGAUGUUUAUCUUGUCAGUCAAUUUGAAGAAAAGUUCGAAGAGAUUAAUGAUGUUGAGGUACCUCCAAACUUACCAUCAAGCUCAGGGUUUGAUGAGAACCUGGCAAACACAAUGGUCACUGAGGAGUGCAGAGGAAAGGAGAUUGAAAUGCAUGGACAAGAUGCUCAUAGAAUGUGCUCGGAUCUUAAUGCCUCUAAUGACUUUGUGAGUGGAAUCAUGAAGAUUGUGCCGUCUGAAGUCGAUAGUGAUGCAGAUUACUGGCUUUUAUCAGAUGCUGAUGUCAGCAUCACAGACAUUUGGAGAACAGAACAAUGGAACGACUUCAGUACAUUUCAGGACGAUUAUACCAUGGCUAACAUAAGCACACCACAACCCCAAACUCCACCGUCCGGUGCUACCGAAGGGCCUCCUGCUGCUAACCCUACCAAGAGUUGAGACCCUGGAAAGUGUAUGUGGAUGCAAGACUUAAUCUUGUUCAGGACUUAUGAUGUUCAACCAUUCGCUGUUGUGUAAAUCCCUGGAGGUGGGAUUGAAGAGUUUCCCCAGCUGAUGCUGCAGGAUGUUCCCAGAAAAGAAAAAAUUACAAGAAACUACUGGAUGGAAGAUGGAAGUAGCAGGUUCGUUGUAUAGGUAAGUAUGUCAUAUUGUAGAGCAGAAAACGACCAAAAAAGAAAAAGAAAGAAAACCAAUGUUGCUUGUACAACCAUGUAUAUUAUUUACAUUCUUGGCUCUAGUACUGUACUAACUAGCUUGACCUCUAGGUUAACUUGACAAGUAGUAACGACAGGAGAGGUAUUCAUAUGUUCAGAAAUUGAAAGAAUAAAGGGAGCGAAAAGAGGAUCUAUCAAAUAUCA